CUCCACACGAGAAGACUGUUAAAUUGCUUGCUGAGCCACUAUCACGCAUGGCAAAAAUCAAAUGGACCCGGGCCAUGGAUCAAAUAUUAUUCGAUGCUUUGCUUGAACAGAUAUCUCUAGGUUGAAAAGCAGAUAACGGUUUUAAGAAUGGGGCAUAUAAUGAGGCCACUGCGGAGGUGUCGAGGAAGACACAAAUUACAGUGAACUGGCAAAACAUUCAAAAUCGAAUGCGGUAUCACAAGCGUGAGUACAACAAUCUGAAGGACAUGCUGGCCGCAAGUGGUUUUGGUUGGGACAAUGAGCGUAUGGUAGUAAUCGCACCCGACGAGGUCUGGGAUGAGUACCUGAAGUCACAUCCAAGAGCAGAAAGGUUACGUGGAAAGCGGAUUGAGCGAAUGGAUGAUUUGGCGGCGAUUGUUGGUUUGGACCAUGCAAUAGGCCGCUAUGCUCAGGGAAGCAGAAACAUGGCUGCAUCUUCCUCUCGUAUUCAGCGAGAUUUGAAUGACGCUUAGACUGAGCUAGACGAUGAGACAGAUGUACUUAUCGAUCUUUCCGAGGAUCAUCUCGAAUAUUC